AUGUCAACCGAGGAGAACGUUGCAGCGUUUUUAGUGAGCGUGUCUCAGCUCUCGCAUGAGAGAACAUUGGAAGACCGUCAACGUCAAAGGGACCUCCAAAGAGAUAUAGACGAGCUAAGACGACGGCUGAAAAACAUACCACCAUUGAAGGGCCCCAAACACCCAGUUCACAAUGAAAACGUUUCCGUUAUUGAGCUUUCGGAGCCAACUGCAAGGAAAGGCACUCCAAAUUUAAAACCAAAACCAAGACCAAAACCUAAGACGCUUCUGGAUUCCGUAAGUGUUGACAAAGAACCGAUAGAUAUCGUUAAGGGACCUUCUUCGACCCCCAAGGAGAAAGAAUAUCGCUCCUUUUCACAAAUAGAAGCUCUGAUAAAAGCCAAUGAUUCAAAUGACACUGAGGACAAUCAUGAUUCCAAUGUAAACGUUGAGCCACCAUCCAAUCAAUCUGCCAUAACCAAGCCCAAACCACUCAAGCCAGUCAAUAAUAUUAAACCAUUACCCAUUUCUAGAGAAGACCGGCUUGCGAAACACUUUACGGAAUCUCAAAAUAAGUUGGUGAUACCCGUGCCCAAAGCUAACUAUGUACCUAAAGGUGGAUACUUGAAUUUGAAUGAUAAGACGCAAGCACCACCUAAAGCAACAAAACCUCGAAGUUUACUGAGUGGUAAUGGUACUAGUUUUGGUAUUAGUAUUUCACCCCUGAAGCAAAGCUCUGGAGGUUGGUUAGCAUCAUCUUUGGCAAAUCCCAAAACUUCGGCUACUCCUCAGAAUACUACUACUACUACAACUUUAUUAUCCUCUCCAGGAAAGUUAUCCAGUCGCAAGCCCAAUGACUGGAUAACUUCAUCGCUCAAUAAUUCUGCUUCCCAAGUACAAAAAUCUCCUACUGGACCUAUCAAGCCUUCCAAAAACCAGUACUUCACUUCAACUAGUGCAGAAGCCAACCACAAUAAAAAUUACUUGCAGGGAUCUCCAAAGAGUGCUAGUAGUCAGACAUCAUGGAUUAGUAGUGCGGUUAAGAAAGCAGAACCUCAUAGUUUUGAUGAUAGAUCAACACCAAAAUACCUGAUACCAAAGUCAAUUAGUGUUAAGAGUAAGCUAUUACUAGAAAAAGACCAGCUUAAAACAGAAAACGAACCUGAGUUUGUUAAUAUGUUACUGACAUUGAAGAAAAGAUCGCCACUUCCUCCACCAGGUCAACAGACCCAAACACAGACACUUGAAUUUGCGGAUAAAAUUGAAUCUAUGAGAAGGAGUCCUAUUCGACAACAGCAGGCUGAUUUAAACAGAAAAUCUGAAGUGGAAGAAAUCCCUGAAGGACUCAGACCAAAACUAUCUCCUACAAGAAGAGGUAUACCUCCGGAGAAACCUUCUAAGCCUCCGGUAUCUGAAUUUUCAAAAGCCGAAGAAGAUACAUUAGCUUCUGCAUUAUCGAAGCUUUCACGGAAAAACCUCGAGAAGACUCCAAUGUCAUUAUCAGAACAAUACAAGGCUCAAGAUACGGAACUAUUGAAGCUGCAGAUACUGAAGUUAGGCAAGAAGAAUGUUGAUAAGAAUCCUUUAGCUAAACCCCAGAUGAAAAUGGAAGGACUCGCAGCCUUGGGUAAGUUGAAACCAACAAAAAGGCCUCCAAAGUUGGAACAAGAAGUACCUGAAGCAUUACGGAAGUUUGAGAAGUUGAAACCUCUGAAGAAGCCAAUAACAUCAAGUGCUACUAAAGAAAACGAACCAACGACAGCUACAUCUACAUCUUCAUCUACCUCUACCUCUACCCCAAAGUUACCAUCAACAUCUACUUCUGAAGUCAGGCACAACAAUUUUCAAGAUCACCUUGCCCUGAUAUUAAGAACCGGAUCUACGUCCAGCUUUGGGGGUACAGAUUCAAACCCAGAACCAGUACCAUUAAGAAGAGCUCAAACUGAUGUGGAAGAAUCCAAGUUAACUCACCCCAAUAAAGGUAGAUCUAGAGGUCCUAGACGAAGACUUCCCAAGAAAGCCACCGCCUCGGUGUCACCUUCCAAUACCGUAAAGAGAACACCGCCACCAAAGAGAGAGAAGCCGAAAACGGUUGGUCCUUUAACACCAACCAGAAAAUUCGAGGGUGAGCUUUUCAUUUGA